AUGGCGCCAACCAAGCGAAAAAGAUCGCCUUCACCUGUCAAGACUGAACAGAAACCAAGAACACAAGCUUUUCUUGAUCAUCUAUCUAUGGAUGAAGCAAAGGCGUGGCGGAAUGAAAUUAUUAAGUGCGGUCGAUAUAAAAAAUUAGUUAAUCAUCGUCAUAUUUCUUCAAAUCUUAGUAUCGACGAACUUGAAUCAGCAACCAGUGCUGGAUCUUUCAAUGGUACUAAUUUUUUUGUGCGUGGAAAAAUAUUGUAUGUUUGUUUAUUAGGAGCAUAUUUCAUGAAAUGGAUGGAAUGUGAAAUUGAGGAAAAUCUCUUGUGCGAUCCUCCAGAUGGUCAUCCGCGUAUAAUGAUUUGUAAAAACACCUCUUCAUGGCCAUCGAUUGUAGAAAAAUUAUCAACAUUCUGUUGGCAAAAUUCGUCGCGAAUGGCCAUAUACUGUCAUCAUAUCACUUUACGGUCGAUGAACGAAAAACCUUUACGGUUAUUAUGUAGUUCAACAGAUGGAGAACAAGGUGUGAUCCCAUUCUUUUUGUGCUAG